AUGUCUCGACGCUACGCCAACCCUGUGGUCACAACCACGAUCGGAUUUCAUUACACGUUGGACAUAAAGGCGAAGCGAGCGUAUUGGAGCAGUGUAGACGCUGGCCACGUCAAAUUCGCGCUGCAGGGUGGCCUUGGCACGUACUUGGUCCGCGAAGGCGCGAGCGCGGACGGCACGAACGAGACUGCGACAGACAUGAUCGAGGGCCCCAUUGCUCAAUGGACAUGCGGGAAUGCCAUCGCUCUCGAGGCCGACAACCGUCUCGUCUUUUCUAGUUCGCCGAAUCCGAUCGAGAAGCACCUGAACUCUAUUCAUGAUCCUUGUGCGUUCAUUACGCUUUAUGUCGACGCUGGUUUGUAA